AUGACGGAAAAACCGAACGAGUAUUUAGAGAUUAAUUCAGAGAAUGAGAUGCUUGUAAUAUCAAAGAUUCAAGAAUUCAUACCUAAAAUCGCAGCAGCCAACGAACAGCUGUCAUCAGUCGAUCCGGGUGAUCUCGACAUAAUGAAAAUUGGAGAAGAUGCAGAGCAAGUUAUUGAAUAUGAUCUCCUAAUAUGUCAUCCCGAAAACAACUCGACGAACGAAGAGUUUCCCAAAUAUAAACUUGAUACUAACACUAUAGAUGACGGUGAAGACAUAAUAAUGACCACUGAACCAAUAAGUCCAAAACUACGUUCUCGACCAAAUAUAACAAUGCUAGAUGACACAGAGGAUGUGACUAUGAGAAUUGAUUCUGAAUCAUCAAGCGCCGUAAACAAUUUGCAAGAAUAA